UUUAGAGGGAGAUGACGUCAUUGUGAGAGGGAAAUGGCUGAUGCUGGAAGCUGUUCCCUGGCAUAUCGUAUAGCCGGAAGGAGCGCACGUUUGUUGUAGGUUUCCUCUUUCAGAAAACACGUUCAAUAUGAUGCAUUAACCAGGCUGUCAUCAUAGCAUGAAGACCCUGCUAUGGUGAAAUGUGGCAGCGAUGACUGAUGUUGAAUCAACAUAUGCAGACUUCAUAGCCUCAGGAAGAACUGGGCGACGGAACGCACUACACAACAUCCUGGGGAACUCCAGCGAUCUGGACUCCAGAGAAUUGUCCCUGAAGUUAACAGAGCUUGAGAUCAAUAAAACAAGUGAGGGAGAUGAAGCUGGAGAGUCCCAACACUCUUCUAGAGACCAGGCUGUGGACUCAGAGGAGAGCAAGCCAGAUAGCAUCUAGCCGCUGUUUUUGAGCCAUGGAGUCUGGUUAUCCCCACCACUAGGAGGAGUGUGACACACUCCUGGGGGGGGGGGGGAUUGAGGACAGGUCGAGCCAUGAACUGCUGGCACGGGGGUCGCCCCACUGCACCCUGGCACAGGAAGGCUUGCCAGCUAACUACACAGAUGGGGGUGCCUGCAGCAGCUGACCACAUCUGUGCCUUUAACAACGGCUGAGGGUUUCCUGCCGAGGUUUGCUGGCUGCGUAGUUCCGUGUUUUUGUAUAAUCGCAAUAGUUAAUAAGAACUCAGUGCAAGUAGAAGGUUAGUUCAUAUUGCUGCUGCCAAGGUGUGGCUUCUUCUUAGGUUCACGGAUGAUCAUGGUUACGAAUUAUCGACGCAGGAGUUCCUUUGAGCUGUAGCAUAACAAUGAAACAUUAAAAAGGGAUUUCAGAAAAAGUGGAAUAUAGCUGUCAGAAGCAAUCAGCCAGGUAAUGACCCUUCCUUCUUUGCCUGUUCAGUCUGAACUACAGACAAAGAAGAAGCUACAUUCAUGAAUUUCUCCCAAUGUUUUUCCGUCAGACGCUCGGAGGCACCAUAUGGGUCAACAAAUUGACUGUGAGGACCUGUUUUCUGCCAGCUGUCCUGACGGCUAUAAAGAGAAACACAUGGAUUUACAAUCUGUGAACUUUACUGUUAUAUAAACUGCCAGUGUUUCUUUGCCUAAAAUCUUUGUACAAUGGAUAGACACCGUUUAGUGUAAUUUUAUAACCUUUUGCGUGGCUGUAUUCUGUAAUUUGUAACAAUUUUGCUAAGAAAGCUUUUAAAAAUAAUUUUGCUCUUAUUUUACUUUUUAACUGAUAACAUCUGAGUUGUAGAACUUAUUUAUUACUAUGUGCAAAUUCUACCGAUUGGGUGCCCAUCUGACAAACAUCCCCUUCUUUAAUGCAUUCAAAAUAAUAUUUGAAUAUUUUGUAGCUAACAUGAUAUAAAUUGCUUCAUAGGAACGUGAUUGCCUGUAGAAUUUAAUAAACCUUGACUAAAUAUAAGUAACAUAAACUUAUGCAAUAUUCUUUUAUAAUAUGUGUGCUAGAGUGAAAUUUCAUUAAGAUCCGAAUCACUGAAAAUAAACCUGCCUCUUUUUGUAAGAUAGUUGUGCAUUAUUUAAUGCAGAUACAGGAUUUUCAGUUUAAUUCCUGGGUGAGACUGUUCCUUUGUUCUGAGUGUCUUUUUGGUAGCCGUCUGCUGUAUUGUACAGUGGUUUCAGAUUAAUGGCUUUCUACGUGUAUUUUGAUUAUGUACUUUUUGAAUUUUCUAAUCUACAUGAAGCUGCUUGUUUAAUUUAUUGAAUAAAGUCCCCAUUAAUCUC